AUGUCACAAAAGCUACCCGUAGUCUGGGAACCCCGUGAUCAGGAAGAGUUUAUUGACAUGAAAGUGGGAGACGGAAAACAAACUUUGGAGAAAAAUGAAGAUAUUGAAACAGAAAUAGAGAAUGUGGAUAUUGAUGAAGAAAUAGUUGAAGAAUACGAUGGUCAUGACGAUGAUGUUGUAUUAACCAAACCAAUUACACGUGUGUCCCGUCGAGAUCAUGAACAACAUCCAAAGAAACGUGUUGCUUUGGCUUCAGAAACAUCUAGGCAACAGCAUUCCUCCCAUCGUGGUCGUAAUAGUCGUAAAGAUCAUCGGCGUAUUACUUCAUCUUCCGAAGAUGAAGACUAUGUAUCUGAUGAUCUUGACGACGAUAGUGAAACCGGUCAGCGAAGAAGGCAUUCACAGACCUCAGCUACUGGUUCACGAAGGCGUGGAACAAAGGAUGAAGACAAUACCAUUAAUUAUGAUGAAUAUGUUAGUCAAUUGAAAGAACCAAAUCCUUGCAAAACACUCAAUAAAUUUAUCGAUUUUGGAGACAUAAUUAUCUCUCGCAAUAGUUUGGACUCUCGUUAUGUCAUUGAUUUAGUGUAUAGAGAAUGGUUUCCAAAAUUUACAAUUGUUUUACUAACUCGAGGUUACACCACUGUAGCUCCUGUCCAAGCAAAUACUAUUGCGAAUACAAUUCAAUCAUUUCUAACAAAGGUUCUCCAAAUUGCUAUUCGUCUUAUUGAAGAACCAGAAUUAAUGAACGUAAACGAUGAAGAAUUUCCUCUUUCAGAACAUAUGCAAGAUGCAGUGUCUCGCAUAUUAGGAGAUGAAAAUGCUACGUUUUAUCGUAGGUUUGAUAGCCGAUUCGAUUCAAGGCGAUUAGAUGUAGGUGUAAAUUCAGUCAUGUUUGGAAUAGUUGGUGAUGCUGAUGAGAUUGGCGAAUACGAUGAUUCAAGUGAUAUAAUUGCAAUGGAACAGCCUUUCAUGUAUGCUUGGUACCUGUUCCCAAUUCCAAAGUUGGAACCACGUAUAUCCCAGUACCAAUACGAAGCAAUAAAUACGUUCGUCAGUAAUGGUGGAUUGGAUGCGGUUCUUCGAGCUCUCGGUUAUGUCGAUGAGACGACGCGUCCGAUACGAACCAGUACUCAUCGCUUUAACAACCUUGAUUUGAAAGACGUUCAUGGUGUAAUAAGAAUGAUUCAUAAGAUUGGCCCAUACGUUCCGAAUAAUGUUGACUUUAGACAAUUUGUAAUGAAAGUUGCAAAUUGUGUAUAUGAUCAAAUUAUAAACAUACCUGAAGAAUGGCUCGUCCGUCAAGAUAAAAAAUUAAUCCCUAAUAUUGUUCACAUGGUUACUUCCAUGAUAUUAAAUUUGCCUUCAUCCGUUACUGGUACAGAAGUACCUGAUGAGCAACAAGUUAUUAAGAGUGCUCAAUUAAAAAUUGAUAUAGCAGCUCGUUUAUUGAAGACUUCAAGAUUAGACUUGCGGUUAUCAGGUUUAAAUGAAAUUAAAGAAGCUCUUAUUUUAGGUUUAAAACAAGCAAGAGUACUUAAAAAGAGUAAGCGUAGAGGAAAUGCUCGGAAAAGAAGUUUAAGCGUCGAUGGCGAAGACGAUGUUAUUCAAAUGGAUGAAGAAAAUCCUUCUGAUAAAAUCCAUCGUGUGCUUAAUGAAAAAUUGCAGGAAUAUGCAAUCCUAGAAUACAUAUUUGGAUCUAAUAUCCAUUUGGAAAUUGUGCAACGGUGUACUGAUAUUUUAAAUUUUAUGAUACAUACUCGUACAUUAACAACUCAUGAGUUGGAUAUUGUUUGGUCCCCAAUUGACGGGAAUCAACAUCGUAGCAUAAUUCAUGGCGUUUGUCAAGUACUAAUUGAUAUUUCAGAUUCAUUGAAUCAGGAUCAAAGAAAUUAUUUGUUUCAAAAGCUAAUGAAAAUGCCCAUGAGUUUUAUUGAAACGCAAACAUAUCUAUUAAUAAGAACAUUGGUACAAUCUACAAUGUCCUGUGUAAGAGUAGGGGGAAUGAUUAUGGGACAAUAUAUUUCUUUUGAAGCUCAUCGAAUAUUAUGGCGUAUACUCUGUGAUUCUUCUAUUCCUGUACCGGUAUUAAUGAAUGCUGAUGUGUUAUCACCAACAAUUGGAUCUUCUUCGACUUCAUCUAUAUCGACGAUUGAUCCAGAAAUUACACAAAAUGCUUGUGCUGUUCUAACAGACUUGCUUCAGGGUGAUACUCGCCAGGAAGAUCGUAAUGCACUUUUAAAUAUGUGCAUCGAUUGUUUGAAGAAGCAUGAUCCGGGAACAGUAUGGGCCCUAAGAAUAUUAACUAGGAUCAUUUCUCCUCCAUUCCCCAAUCCGCCCACAACUACAAGUGAAUAUCUUCAACGUUUAAUAACUGAAGUGAAUCUUCCACGGUUAUUUUUGAAUGAUUUAGAGCAUUGGACGAAAACUGUAAAGGCUUGUGCUGAGAGGAGUUAUAGUUCAUUUAGCAUGGAUCUUGAUCGUAAUUCACCAAUUACUGCUUCAUCGACGAUUUCACUCUCUCCUUCAAAAGCAGCAAUAUUAAGAGAUCAGUUGAUUUCGCGUUUGCAAUUCUUACAAUGGGUUGCAAACUAUGAAACUAUUCCAUUCUUUACCUCUACAGCUCAGACUGAUGUAAUUUGGAAUUGUUUAAUUGUUGAUCCAAUUGGAAAACAGGAACAAGAUGAGGCAUUUUCUUAUUUCGAUCAUAUAAUAGAAUAUGAUCAUUUUACAAAUCAUUUCUUUAAUGAUCGUUUACCCGAGUUGGAUGUCAGAUUUUUAUCUGAUCAAGCAUUCAAGUACGCCAAAAAUUGUUUACUAAAAGUUAAUGCGAAAAAUGGAAGGUUACGUUCGACAUCACCUAAUCCUCAAUCACAGAAUCAGCUUAGCAUUAUUGUACAAGGUGAUCUUAUUGGAAUCGACUUAAUAUGGGACAUUGCAUUACGCGCAGAAGAGGAAGCUGUGGGCAACGAAGCCAUUGUCUUUUUGAGUUGUGGUUACACAUCGUUGAUCUCUGAAUUUACUCUUCAGACGGAUAAAAAAUUGGAAAACCACAAUAAUCUUGCGCGCCAACAUCGCGAGGCUUUGGUAGACAAAUGUGUUUUACACCUUUUUUCUGCUGCUAACGGUUUGUCUCGAUCUCUUGCCUUCUCAACAAUGGAUAAUAAUGACAUUACCAUGUCGCGUAAUGAAGAUAGGCAAGAUAUGAUGGAAAAUGAUGGUGUCUUGUCUAACGAAAUCCAAACUUCAUCGUUAGAUAAUCAAGUUUCAAAUGCUUUAAAAUUCAAGAGGUGCCUUGAAGUGUUGAAAUCUUUCAUGGACUUAUUUGAUACCAAAUACAGUGAUUCUCCAAUGGAUCUUAACAUCGUGAGAAAACAUAGCAUGCUUAAUGAGGCAGAAAUGAUUACCGUAAAAGUUACAAUAACACACGCGGGCGCAAGCCGUGGUUUCGAGAUUCAAAUUCAUCCGACUGAAACCAUUUUAUCAUUAAGACAAAAAAUUGCUUCACGUGUGGGAUCAACUCGACCUGGAAUGAUCAGGUUAAUCACGUCAGGAAAAGAAUUAAAUGCUGACCAAAACGGGAUGACACUGAAAAAAUUAAAAGUUGUUGAUCGUCAGUCUUUUAUGGCUAUGAAGCGCAACACCGAUGUAAAGAAUGGUUUGGAUUCUGACAGAACUGGAGACACUGCUACUGAAGAGAUUACACAGUCAGAUCUACCAAUUAAUAUGCUUUCAAAAUACAUUGAUCAGUUCUUCUUGAUGCUAGAACUUGAAGAAACUUAUUCAUCACAGAUAUGGGACCUUCUUAUGCGACUUCCUACUCACAUGAAGUCUAUGGAAGCGUUGAAAAUUCUUGAAACACCAGUGAAGUGGCAAGAACUAUUUGUUAAUCGUUCUCCGUUUAGAUUAUUAUAUUCUUUGCAAAUCUUAAAUUGGCUUUUAAGAGAUGGAGAUGAAACUCAAAGUGGACCUGAAUGGAGUAUGCGUUUUGUAGAAAACGGCGGACUUGAUUAUUUAUUAUCAUUACUUAUAAUUCGAGAUUCUUCUGUAAAUGAUGACUGUGAGAAUAUAAUAAACAGCCAACAAAACAGUGUCACUAAACGUGCAUGCCUUGGUCUUUUAUUAAAGGUUAUAAGCUACUUUGCAGUUGAUAAUUCGUCUGUGAGCUCUAUCGUUUUCCAACAACUAGAUUCAAAAGUUUUAAUAGCAAAAUUGAUUAAUAUUAUCAGACAAUGUGUAGAUCCUUCUCAAAAACAAGUUGGAGAAGAUCUUACGAUCAUUCGUUAUUCUAUGAAACUUUUAUCGUGCUUGUGUUUGCGUGAUGCUUCAGCUUUAGCUAGUUUUGUUGAAUAUUCUGAUUUGCGUGAAUGGUUAAUAACAGCACUUGUGGCGUGUGAAUCUGAAGAAGCUAGAAAUCUAGUGUCUCAAAUGUUGCUUCAAUUUUGUAAAGACAUUGCAGAGAUUGCUGUAUCAGACCAAAUCCCUGCUUCUCUUGAAUCGUUCUUGUCAUUAUUAUGGUCAUUCUUGCCAGAUGUGGAAAAUUAUGUUGACAGUAGUAAAGAAUAUUUUGAGCUGAUGGGAAAUUUAAUGCAUUUUUUCACACAGUCUGCUCGCGUUAGCUUACAGACAUUAUAUAAUGACAUCAAACGACAAAUUAUGGAACAUCCAAUUAAAGAACAAUUCAAUUCUCCUAAUGAGGACACCGUAAUUGUUGGCUUAAUUAAAUUGAUGACGAUCAUUGUAUCUAAACAUCCAGAAUUUAAACGUUAUUCUGGUGAUUUGUUACUCGAUUUAAUAUUUCACGAAUGUCUAUUUCAAGUUCCCACCAUUGAGCACGCUGGUUUAUGUUUACCUCCAAAAUGUAAACUCGAAGUUUCAAGAAAUGCCGCAUUAGAACUUUUGAAUCAACUUGUAAAAGAUUGUCCUGAAAACUUCCUACGUAUAACUGAAUUAUACUUAAAGCAAUUGGAUAGAGGCGAACAAUUAAAUGAUAAUUGGAAUUAUUGCCCCAGAACAGCUCAAAAGGCCUCAGCUGGCUAUGUUGGAUUACAGAACCUUGGUGCUACUUGUUAUGUUAAUUCAAUUGUACAACAGUUUUACAUGAACACUUCUUUCCGACAAAGCUUAUUUACUGCACCGGUUCUUGAUGAUAAUAAAGACGAAAGUCUUCUCUAUCAGCUACAAGUUGUUUUUGGUAAUUUGCAAGAAAGCGAAAAAAAGUCUUAUGAAGCUACUCAAUUCUGUCACGCAUAUAAAGAUUAUGACGGUCAACCAUUAAACGUGGCACUUCAAAUGGAUGUUGAUGAAUAUUUUAAUGGACUUUUUGACCGAUUGGAAAAUAGUGUUUCAGGAACCCCUCAAGCGAUGCUACUUAAAGAACAUUUUGGAGGCGCAUUAGUUCAACAAAUUAAAUCAAGAGAUUGUGGUCACAUUUCAGAAAAGGAAGAGUCGUUUUACGCCAUAAGUUGUGAGGUAAAAAAUAAGAAAAAUGUUGAAGAAAGUUUGGAGCUUUACGUUGAAGGCGAAUUAUUAGAUGGAGACAAUCAAUAUUUCUGCACAAAAUGUAACAAACCUGUUGAUGCUAUUAAACGAUCUUGUAUAAAGAAACUUCCAAAAAAUUUAAUUAUGCAUUUGAAACGAUUUGAUUUUGACAUGGAAUUGUUAAAACGUGUCAAGAUCAAUGAAUAUUUUGAGUUUCCAACAAAUAUCAAUAUGGAACCAUAUACAUUGGACUAUUUAAUUAGGAAAGAAUCAGAACAACUCGACGAUAUGAAAUUUGAUGUUAUUAACAAAGGUCAAUUUGAUUAUGAGUUAGUUGGAGUAUUAGUACACACCGGUACCGCGGACUCCGGUCAUUAUUAUUCAUUCAUUAGGGAAAGGAAACCUUUAUACAAUGAUAUAAAUUAUGAGCGCAGAUGGUAUCAAUUUAAUGAUUCUAAUGUUGAGAUAUUUGAUCCAAAAGAAAUUCCUAAGCAAUGCUUUGGUGGACCAGAAUACGUAAUGCAAUGGGAUCCAACUUCACAAAAGAACCUUCCUAGAAUGUUUGCAAGACAAUACAAUGCAUAUAUGCUUUUUUAUGAAAGAGUUAAUGAUCAAAACACUUUAGAGUCAAAAUCAACAUCGCAGGACCAAAUUACCAAAGUACCUGUCGAUAUUUAUAGUUCUAUUUGGGAAGAAAACAUUGGUUUCCUUCAGGAUAAAAACAUUUUUGAUCCGGGUUACUUUCAAUUAAUGUGGUCGGUUCUUCAUUCCGUUAAUUUCGAUGAAAAAUCUAAAGUCACUGUGAAUGGUAAAGAAAUUGAUUUAAUUCUUCGGACAAUUCAACUCUCCACUGAGUUUGUACUCGGAAUACUUUCUCGUGCAAAAGAUAAUCACGUACUAAAGGACUGGGUGGAAUUUCUUAAAAUCUUAUUUCAAAAACAUUUACUUGGAUGUCAAUGGUUUAUUGGUCGACUUAUCGAUAAUAAUCCAUAUUAUAUUCAACAGAUCCUUAUGUCUUGUUUUAUUCAAGAUGUUCGAGAACAAAUUGUUGAUUUGAUCACGUUUGUUUUGAGAACUCUUCGUAACGGAGAUCCAAUAGCUUACGGUUUACAAACUAUACAAACUGUUAUUAUUGACAAUGAAGAUAGUCCAGACUCUUCUAUGAAUUUAGAUUCAACUCAAGCUCAAAUUUGUAACCCUAAAGGUCUAAUCGUUCAAUUAUGUGAGUCGUUGCUUUAUUUAUUACCUUCUGCACACGUGUGGUGGAGAAACUUUGAACAAUAUUUCUAUCUACUGUCAUAUAUUGCUUGCUCUGGUAUGGCAGAACGUAUUUAUAUGAUUAAGCGAGGAUUUAUUGGAGAAUUAGUUAAAUUAUUUUUAUUGGACGAAUUAUCUCCAUUAAAAUCUCGUAAACGGAGAAUGGGUGAUAAAUUUUCAUUACCCCCUUUCCGAUAUUUGUUGACGACUUUACGUACUCUCUUAAAAACGUGUGAUGUAGUAAAUAUAGCUAGUGGUAGGGAGUUAGAAAGGGAAAGAGAUGUUUCCUCGUUAACAGGAAUUCAAACUCCAUUAAGAUUAAGUGAAUCCGAAUCUGGAUUAAUUUUUGAACGUAAUGAGUCUGAAGAUCAGUACAUAUUCUUUAUGAAACAAAUUAGAGAUCUUACCGAUAAUGGUUCAUCUCGAGAAAUUUUCCAGCAUUUUGCUUUGAAUAAUGAGGAGGUUUCUGAAGAAUUUAUAAAUCAGUUGAUCCGUGCAGUUGAUACUUAUACAGUUGACCAUAUUCGACCACACCUAGAAAUUAUAUAUUCAUUGACCCAGAUCCAAGAUUCAAUUUCACACGUUAGAAUCGAAUGUAUUAUUACAGAAAUUUUGAAGGAUAUUAAACAACAUAUUCAGUUAGCAAAGAAUAAUCAGAAUUCUCCGCAAAUCGCAGUCGAGUGUCUUGGUUUAAUUGAGGCACUAUGUACUUCUACAGUCGGACCAUAUGUACAACAUGCGUUCUUCAAUUUCAUGGAUGAUUGGUUACUUGAAUAUCUUCUGAUAAGUCCCUAUGAAAUAGUUAGACAACGUGCCGAAGAUCUAUUCUCUUUAUUAAUAUUCCGUAAACUUGAUGAAGCUCAAGGAGAUCAAGCACAAAAGGAUGCAUAUAAAUCAAUGAUAAAGCAUUAUACCAUGAUGCUUAAGCAUAUGGACAAUUUUGAACAAAAUUGGAAAGCGACACACAAUAGGAGAGGAGCUGAGCCUUAUGGAUGGAGAUUAAGUAAUAUUUUUAGGUGCAUGACAAAAUGUUUGAGAUCACAAAAAGAAAAACAAAUGUUCCAAGCAUCUUAUGAUAGGUUCAGUUCUAUUUUCAUUGCAGUAGAUUCUGCCAGGAUAGAUUGUGAUAUAGACAAAAAGGAAAUAAUCACGUUUUGGUAUACUGUUUGUGAAAAUUUUACACAAAAUGUGGAUAUAUUCAUAACAAAUGAAAAUUUGACCAACCAACUUCAUAUGUAUUAUGUUAGUAUCAAUCAUACACAAGAGAAUAUUAAUUAUAAUCAGACAACUCUUCCAAAAUAUUAUGGAUUGCUCUCGAUGGGCUGUCGCCGUUCGCGUGAAUAUCAUAAAAAAUGGAUGGACGCACCAAAUUAUUAUUGGGCACUCAGUAGCAUGAUAUUCGGUGAUUUCGAUGAUCAUAAAACUGAUGAAUUGCUCGAGUUGAUGAAAUUCAGUGCUGACGAAUCGUCAAUGUUUAGAUCGAAAGUUUGGGAACAUGUAUUCCCAACAUUAGUUAACACUGCAACAUUACCACGUAAAGUUAAUCAAAUUUUAAGACUUGUCCAGUAUUUAAACAGAGAUUCUAUUGAAGAUUUUUAUUCAUUCUGUAAAUAUCAUGGAUUUGAUAUUUUACCACAGUAUAUUCAAGCUGUUAAAGACAAACACCCCAGUGAUGAAAAUAUUCGCAAAUGUCUGGAGGCUUUGAACAUUAACUUGGGUAUCGCUUUAUUAUAUCAAUCUGAAGAAGGUAUCCAUGACCACUUAAAAAAUUGGAAGACAUUAUCAGAUUUUGUGUUCAGUAUCUUGACGUUCCUUCACCCGAACAUAGAUAAUUCAGUCUAUGUGAAAGUGUUAGAAAUUCUUUGUAAAUUCGUUUCAAUGAAAUCUACCAUGGACCUCUCAAAUGGCAUUAUGCAAAUACUUAUCGAAAAGCAUUCAGAUUGGCAACGCGGAUUAUCUAAUGUUACUCAAGAAGAAUUACAGUUGAAGUUUGGAGGAAUCCGAUCGAUUUUUACGGAACUUAAGCUAGUUGACGACGAUUCUGACACUUACAGUGUUUUGACACCAUCUGGGCCUUCAGUUCACGUUUAUAGGCCAUUCCUAACCAAACUACGAACUGAGGAUUUACUUCGACUACAUCAAAAUAUAUAUAAACCUUAUUUGAUGUUCAUCAAGAAACUGAUUGAUGCUGCAAUAGAAUUAAAAGAAUAUGACAAAGUUGUUCAAUUAUGUUCGUUGAUUUUCCUAGAGAUGGAAAAUAAAGAUGACUAUAUAAUUAAUGUACUAUUAAAUCUAUAUGAAAAGAACUCUAACAAAGAGAUUGUCAUAAACGCUUAUCGCAAUAUAUAUUUUGCAACGUUGGUUGAACGUAUUUUGAAUUCGGAUUCACGUUUAAUCUUGAACCUUUCGCCAGAAAAAUUGAAGUUAUUCAAAUCAUUGAUCCACAUUGUAAAGUCAAGUAAACCGGAUGUGAUUCAACCAAUAGUUUUGAAACAUAUUCAACAACUUGCAGCUAAUGCGAAAGUCCUAAAAGAGAAAAUUGAAGCUAAAGAUUUAGCUACAAUUAAUGAAAUUAUUCAAGAACUCGUUAUGAUCCUUCAAGUUUUAGUACUUGCAUUAUCCGACAAUUUUCUACCAGUUGAUGAUCCUCUUAGGCAAGCCUAUUUAGAUAGCUUAAAAGAAAUAGAUUCCGAACAAGUUAAAAGUGAGCUUGGACAAUCUGAAGAAUUGGCAAAAGUAGUUAAUAAGAUGAAUUCAUUGCUUGGUCAAUUGACACAUCAAAAAUGUGACGACGGUUUUGAGGUAGUUGAAAAAAUUGAAAAUGACGUGGUUAGCAACGAUGAAAAUAAUGAUGAUAUUGCUUAA